UAGUGCAAAGGCCGCCUCUCGCCCGCCCCUCAUAGGAGCGCCUCCGCCUCCUGCUGCUGCUGCUGCUGCUGCUGCGGCGACGGGACCCAUGGCUCUGCCCGAGGCGAGGGCUUGCAGCCGGCUUCUCCUACAGCCCCGGAUCAUUCUCUUCGGAGACUCAAUUACGGAGUUUUCCUUCCAAGAAAAAGGAUGGGGAACACUUCUGACUCACAGACUAGUUAGAAAAUGUGAUGUUUUGAAUCGUGGACUCUCUGGCUAUAACUCAAGGUGGGCAAAAAUGGUUCUACCAAGAUUGAUCAACAAAGAGUAUAAUUCUAAGAACACUGUUGCAGUCACAAUCUUCUUUGGUGCUAAUGAUGCUGCAUUGAAAGAUCUGAAUCCUAAACAACAUGUUCCACUGGAGGAAUAUGCUGACAAUUUGAAAAGUAUGAUACAGUACCUGAAGUCUGUGGAUAUUGCAGAAGAUAAAGUUAUUUUGGUGACACCAUCCCCCCUUCAUGAAGACACUUGGGAGAAAGAAUGUAUUUCCAAAGGUGAAAAAUUAAACCGCCUUAAUUCCAUCACUGGGGAGUAUGCCAAGGCAUGUGUUCAAGUCGCUAGAGAUUGUGGCACAGAUGUCAUUGAUCUGUGGACACUUAUGCAAAAAAAUAGCCAGGGCUUUUGCUGCUAUCUGUCUGAUGGUCUCCAUUUAUCAGAGGAAGGGAAUAAUUUUCUAGCAAACCAGCUUUGGCCACUCCUGGAACAAAGGACAUCAACACUCCCUGUGCUGCUUCCCUACUGGCGUGAUGUAGAUCAUCUUCAUCCUGAAGUUAGUCUUUUAGAGCAAUCCUCAUAAUUAUGAAAAGUAACAAAUCUUCUCUUUUUUGGCAUUAAACUUGUUUUCCAUUAAAUUGUGAUACUUUGUCAAGUGUACGACUUCGGCAUAGAUGAACAAAAAAGCACAUUCAGGGAAUAAAUUGAAUUUGAAGCCA